CGUACUUAACCUACGCUCUAAGCAAUUGAUCUCCAUUUAUAAUUUAAUUUCCAUAUCAGGAUUCUCUCAAAAGAUAUCUAUUUCAUCCGCAAAAAAUGCACGAAACGAUAAAUUCCCUAUAAAUAACAAAAAACCGAAAGAAAUACUGAAAAUCUUCACUUGAUAAAAAGCCAGAUGUGGGGUGGGAAUGCAGCUAUCUCCUCGGUGUGGAUGUGGUUGUGCAAUUGACUAUGCACUUUGUGUUGUGAAUGCAUCCUAAAAACGACAAUGGCGGCCUCGUUUGAUCUGCAGUGUGCGUAAUCUGAUCAAUGAAUAAGCAUCGUAGUGUCGUCGUGUUAAUUAAUUUUGAGUUUUCGCCUGGAAUCUGGAGUACACGAGAGGCGAUCGAGCGGCUAUGAUUCUUUCAAGAACAUCGCGAGCAUUCCUGCGGAUGGUGUUGCCUCCUCGGCUGCGACUUCUCGGGAUGUAGCUCGGCCUUAAGACAAUUAUAGGUCUGACCCGAUCAUCGAUGAAUCUUUACAAGUCGUUUUAUACGCUUUCUUCAAGACCUCCGAAAUUGAGUCUCACGAGGACCUGCUGGGUGUCAUCAAAUUCACCAUCGCCGUCGCUACGCUUAAGUGCCUUCUGCCAAACACUUUAGUUUCCUUAGCCCAGAUCACGUAACACUCAAUUCUCAGCUGCAAGUUGCAACGACUCACGCUUCUGCAUUCUUUUUAUUUUAGGUAUAAUUUAAGAAAAUUGUGCAGGAAUGUUCCACUGCUGCGACUGAGCCCACAAAGUCCACAAAGUGCUCUGCUUUGGAACACAACUUUCAAAAAAACAUGUCCCAGCUAACCCUAAACACUGGAAAGCGAGGAAGAGGUGUUGCAAGCACCUCGGCUUCAGCUGUGUCGGCGUUAAGUAGUUCGACCGACCUAGCCAGCCUCUUCGAAUGUCCAGUUUGUUUUGAUUACGUAUUGCCACCGAUAUUACAGUGCCAAAGUGGACAUCUUGUCUGCAGCAAUUGCAGACCAAAGCUAACGUGUUGUCCUACUUGUCGUGGGCCUUUAGGUAAUAUUCGUAAUCUUGCCAUGGAGAAAGUAGCGAGCAACGUUAUGUUUCCAUGCAAGUAUUCCACCAGUGGUUGCACCGUUUCUCUGGUGCAUACUGAGAAGCCAGACCACGAAGAUGCUUGCGAAUACCGUCCAUACAGCUGUCCCUGCCCGGGUGCUUCCUGCAAGUGGCAAGGUUCAUUGGAACAAGUAAUGAACCAUCUUGUACUCAGUCACAAAAGUAUCACGACUCUUCAAGGAGAAGAUAUCGUAUUUUUAGCAACUGAUAUUAAUCUACCUGGAGCUGUUGAUUGGGUAAUGAUGCAAUCCUGUUUUGGUCACCACUUCAUGCUUGUUCUUGAAAAACAGGAGAAAUAUGAUGGGCACCAACAGUUUUUCGCCAUUGUUCAACUAAUUGGUUCGAGGAAACAAGCAGAAAAUUUUGCUUAUAGGUUGGAAUUGAAUGGCCAUCGGCGACGUUUAACCUGGGAAGCGAUGCCGCGAUCGAUCCACGAAGGUGUUUCGUCGGCAAUUCUCAAUUCAGACUGCCUUGUCUUUGACACCUCCAUCGCUCAGCUUUUCGCAGACAAUGGAAAUUUGGGUAUCAACGUGACCAUUUCAAUGGCAUGAUGAAAGUCCUUAGAAUCUACUUUCCACGUGCGUCACGCGAUCUCUGAGAAAUGGCUGGACGAUGGAUCCCAUCUGUUCAGGGCUGCUCGACUUGAUGCGGAUGCAAGUCGCACAGAUUUAGAAUGCUCUGUUCUAGGUACGUUUGUGAGGAUUCAUUAUCAAAGCGCUCAUUUUAAACAAUGACAGCUGGAAAGCUUUAAACGAUGUAUAUUUGUGAUACUGUCAUUCUAAACUAUAUCUUGUAAUAUACCUAUCGUGUGACUACAUUUCAUACCGACAAUGGUUUCUAAUUUUAUUUACUUACUGGUGUUCUUCGCGCGUUUACGUCAUCAUCAAGUGGUCUGACAUAUUUCAAGUACAUCUGCAUUGACCCAGUAUCUGAAUUUAAUUUAAGAAUUUUAUUCGUUAUCUACAUAUUUAUUUAAUUAAUAAUCUACGCUACUCUUGAAACCACGUUUGAUAAAUGACAUCAACGCGAAGCAACUCAUGACUGAAAAUUCACUUUUAGAUCACACACGAAUCUAAUGUUGUACGAAGUUUGUACUUUCGUUGUUACUUAUAAACGUCGAAAGUUGCAGAGAUGUAGAGAAAGCACGUUCCGUAUUUUCGAAAUUUUAGUACGAAAUCUGGGGUUUUUCUUUCUUUCUUGGAAGCAUUUUCCAGAAAUUAAAAUCGCUUUAAAUUUAUCAUUUCGUCUGAGUGUUUGAAAUUUGAUUUCCUUUAACUGGCCAUAAAGGUAUUGUAAAAAAAUUCCGAAAAUAGAAAGAUACGUUUUAUUAACUUCGGAGCACUCGCAUUAAAAUGUCUUUUUCUUAAAUUUUCAAUCCUUAGUUCAGUUUCUCUAAUUUCAUCCUCUAAAAUCAUACGAAUGCUCCUAGGUUUAGAAAUUCGUGCUUGCGUCCGUUGUUGCUUUUUCUAAGCAUAAAUACAUAAUUUUGUAUUGAGUACAAUAAGAACUCACGAAUAACUUCGACUUGUACAUAAUAUAUUUGUUACAAGUUACAGAUAAAUGCCUAUCUUUUAAUAUGAAGACAAAACAUGCUUGCAAAUUUUUUUACGCGGUUUUUCAACAAAAAAACAAAAAAACGUGACAACUAACAAUUUUCUCCGAAAAAUUUACAUAAUUUAUUGUCUCGUUACAUUGGUUUACAGUGAAUUUAGCUUCGAGAAACCAUAAAAUGAAAACCCGUGUUUAUAAGACUUUUAAGAGUCUCGACUCUAAUUAAUACGUAAAGCAUCAAGAAAAUAUCUUUCGAAUCCUACAUGACUGAAAAUGACUUAAUAACUUGUACUUUAAAGAUACAUGUUUAAUCCUUAUAGAUCUGACAAAUAAUUGUCAAAAGCUGAUUACAGUUGACUAAAAAUUCAAAUUUAAGCUGAAGAAGGAACAAUACCAGUUAUGGAUAGUAUUAUUUUUACAUUACUUAACUUUUAAGUUUGCAAAUGCUUGAGCUAAUGUUCUUUGCAAAAAAUAUACAAUUAGGCCUGCACCUAGCCUAAAAAGAAAACCAUAAUAAAAAAAUUCGAGUCAUCACAAAGAUUACUAUUAAAUUUGUUUGAAAAUCUUGCUAUGCACGAAGAACGUAAAAUUUGCAAACCAGUCCCUCGUCUGUAAAUAAACCGUACUUGAUAUAAAAUGAUAAAAUGUAAAUUGAAAUUUCUGACGUAACAUUAGUCUAAGAAAUUAUAUUUGCGCGUAUUGUAUUGUACGCGUAUAAGUAAGUAAAUAAAUAAAUUAGUAUAAUAAUAUCCACGUAUACAAUGUACGAUGAUAUUAUUUAAUAUAGAACUGAAAUUUACUUUAGAGGCGAAAUUGAUUAAGACUUUGAUUCAAAUUGGAAAUGAUUGCGACGUCUAUUAAGUUAGGAGAAACUAAGUCAAGAUGUGUUAUCUGUUUCUUUGAAGAAAUCUGUGAAAGAAGCAAGCUUACUGAUUGCGAAUAAAAAUUAACUUUUUUUUUCUUACUGAAGCUUGUCGUCCGAAUAAACCCUCUUAAACGUGUUAAAUAGGUUUUACGGCACUAAUAUUUAAGUGUACAUACCUUGAUAGUUUUUAACACGUACGUCUGCGUUUUAUUACGACUAAUUUAUUAUUUGAUUUUUUUAGGAAAUAAUAGUGUUCUGUUGUCCGCAGUUGAUAAUUAGAAGUGUUUAUUGAGUUCUACGGCACAAUUUAAUCUAGUUAAUCCCUUCGUUUGGCCAUAGAAAAAUUUCGAUUGAAGAAAGAUGGGUUGACCUAAAAAAAACUUCUUUCACGAAAUCAUUACAAAAUCUCUUCUGUUAAGCUUGCAAGUGACGGCAACAGUGCCACUAACUUGGAAUUAUUGGGUUUUUGUGAUUUGAAUAUAAUAUUAAUGAAAAAUCACACAAUAAAUAAAGAAUGCGUUUUCUCAUUAAUAUUGUAUUUUGAAAAUUCAGAAGAUUUUUUUCCACACUAAAAAUGAUUCUUGCAUAAUUUAGGAUCUAGACUGAGAAUAUUUGCUUUACGGACUAGUCCAAUAUUUUGAAUUUAUUAAAAUCCUGUUUUAUUAGAGAGUUUUAGAUUUUUUUAUAAGUUAUAAUUAGUUGGCUUUUCUUCAUUUAAGAAAUGUUGCUGCUUGGCAGAAGUGUUUUGAAGCAUUAAGAAAAGUAUCUAGUGAAAUAUGAAUUGGAUAUGUUAAACCUGUUAGAAUUUACAUCUGCCAGUCGAUAAAUUCCGCUAUUCGAAAUUUCGAAUAAAAAACAUUUCUUAAAUUUGAGAAAUGAGAAGAAGGGAACAUGAUGUACGAUUAUACAAAAUUCAACAUACUGUCGAUGGAACACAUUUAUUUAACUGUGUAAAUACAAAUUGUACGACAGUAAAAUGUUCAAUAGUGUAAAAGCAUCAAUAAAUUCUUUUAUAAAGCGAUGAA